AGGCUGCAUCAUGUUCCACUGUCGCAGAGGGGUUUUUAUAACGAAGAUAUCUGUUCUGUUCUGUUCACAAGCAAGUGAAUUGGAUCUGUUCCGUUCGGUGAGAUGGCUGGAGUUUUAGGAUAUAGGAGCCUUGCACCCAAGACAAAGAAUUUGGUUGUUGCUGGUGGUUUAACAGCUUUUGUGUUUGGUGCUUACUUCUACACCAUGAGAGCUGUUGGAGGUACUGAUGAACUUCAGGUAGCUAUAGAUAAGUUUGAAGCUGACAAGACCAAGAAUACGGUUGAUGAAAACAUCCCAUCAUCAAAGGUCUAAAGAUCAUUCAUUGCUUGAUCAACAAAAAAAAAAAAAAACAAUGCUUUGAGUGUAUUCACUGUUUUGGUUUGAGAAUAUUAAAAAGAAUAAUGAUAUUUAAUCUAGUAGUUAACAAGUUUCAACCAGUUUUAUGUACAAUGAUUGAGUGGUAGGGAAACUAUAAUUGAGAUCUUGUUUUGGCCUUAUUGAGGUGUUUCGAUGAUGAUACAAAUUUGUGGUCAUAGUAUAUGUGAGAACAGCUGCUACUGUUAUGGUGUAUGAGAGUUAGGGAACUUCAAAUCAAAACCAUA